UCUUGGUAUUUGUUUUCUUGGGAUUCUUUUUUGUUGUUCAUUUUCACUCAUCCUAAACCAUUUUUUUAAUGACCCCAUUUUCUUGUUUUUUCAAAUAAAAGAAGAGAUUCUUUUUUUGGAGUCUCUUAUUCAUGUGGCUUUUCUAGUUCUGUUCUUUUCUUGAUAUUAUAUUCUCAUCAUUUGAACAAGACUAGUAGUAGCCCAUUUUUCUCUUUUCUUUGUCAAGAAUUGUAAUCAAAAGUCGCAACAUGGAUUCUGAUAAGGAGGGUACUAAAGGGGGAACAAAAACUCCAAUUGCUGAUUCUGAUUCUGAGAUUGAACAUGAGCCUGUUGGUGAGAAAAAUGUAAGCAGACAAAUGAGUGAGAGUUCCCUUUACACUACUGAGGAUGAGGAAGAAGAUGAAACUAAUAAUAAGAUUGAGUUGGGUCCACAAUGCACUCUCAAAGAACAAUUUGAAAAGGAUAAGGAUGAUGAGAGUUUGAGAAGGUGGAAGGAGCAGCUUCUUGGAAGUGUGGAUAUCAAUUCUGUUGGAGAAUCCCUGGAUCCAGACGUGAAGAUUUUGAGCCUUGAAAUUAAGUCUCCUGGUAGACCUGAUAUUGUUCUCCCUAUCCCCGAGGACGGGAAACCCCACAGCCCAUGGUUUACACUGAAAGAAGGGAGCAAAUACAGCCUAAAAUUCUCAUUUCAAGUCAGCAAUAAUAUAGUGACUGGGCUCAAGUACACGAACACAGUUUGGAAAACUGGUAUCAAAGUGGACAGCACGAAGCAAAUGAUUGGGGCCUUUAGUCCUCAGUUGGAGCCUUAUACACAUGAAAUGCCGGAGGAUACUACCCCUUCUGGCAUGUUUGCAAGAGGAUCUUACUCAGCAAGGACAAAGUUCCUUGAUGAUGACAACAAGUGCUAUUUGGAGAUCAACUACACAUUUGAAAUCAAGAAAGAAUGGCAGGCAACAUAAAUAAAAGAUGUUGCUUGAAUUGUUUGUCAACCAAAACUAUUCUUGUUUUCAUUCUUCAUCAUUUUUGUCCGUCUUGUCCGAUAGUUUUUGAGAAAAGGAAAAAAAAACAAAGAACAUUCUGCUGCAAUUGAUUUAUUCAAUGAUGUGGAGGAUUUAACUUAGCAGUUAGGUUCUUACUUAUUGAGUAUCAUUGAAUAAAGUUGAGCUUUGUCUAUGACUGAUUAACAUUGAGUUCUCUCU